ACAGCUGUGCUGAGAUGGACAGGCACUACUGCAACAUCCACUCUCAAGUUCGUGAUGUUACAUCAACAGCUAGUACUCGCCUUUGGAAUAUCACUAGCUAGUGAUAUAUGUGCAUUUAGAAGCUGUUAUUCAGAAGCCCAAGUAUCCCUAUAUUAUUCCUGCAACCUCACAGAUAUUCCACUUGUGCCAAAGGAUACAGUGAAGCUUUUGCUAACUUUCAACUACAUCAGACAAGUGACUGCAACUUCAUUUCCACUGCUGAAACGCUUAUUGCUGUUGGAAAUCGGAAUGCAGUAUGUCUAUCCUGUUACCAUAGGAAAAGGAGCUUUCAGGAACCUGCCAAACCUUCGUGUCUUAGACCUGGGAUUCAAUAGGAUUCUUCAACUAGAUCUUGAUGCUUUUGUGGGCUUGCCAAGUCUGACUGUACUCCGUCUGUUUCACAACGACCUUGAAGAUUCCAUCCUGGAAGAACGUUACUUUCAAGAUUUGAGCUCGUUAGAAGAAUUGGAUCUUUCAGGGAACCAAAUCACAAAACUUCAGCCUCAUCCCUUAUUUUAUAAUCUAACAGUCUUGAAAACUGUGAACCUGAAGUUCAACAAAAUAUCCAACUUGUGUGAAAGCAAUCUUACCAGCUUCCGAGGAAAACACUUUUUAUUUUUUAGCCUCAGUUCUAAUAAUUUGUACAAGACAGAUGAAAUGGCCUGGGCCAAAUGCCCAAAUCCUUUCAGAAAUAUUACGUUUAACUUACUAGACCUUGGUGAAAAUGGCUGGAGCACAAAGAAAGUCCAAUAUUUCUGUACAGCCAUUAAAGGGACUCAAAUUGGUUCUUUAAUAUUUAGGUCUCAUACAAUGGGUUCAGGAUUUGGCUUUAAUAACUUAAGAAAUCCAGAUAAUGAUAUGUUUGCAGGACUAGCAAGAAGUGGUCUUCGUUUGCUUGAUAUUUCAAGUGGUCACAUUUUCUCUCUCAAUUCUUUAACCUUUCGAGGCCUUGGUGAUCUCGAAUUGCUGAACCUUUUCAAAAACAAGAUAAAUCAAAUCCAAAGGCAAGCAUUUUUUGGCUUGGGAAACCUAAAAACUCUCAAUCUUUCAAGUAAUCUUUUAGGUGAGUUGUACGAUUAUACUUUUGAGGGUCUACAUAGUGUAAUGUAUAUUGAUUUACAGCAAAAUCAUAUUGGGAUGAUUGGUGGAAAAUCAUUCAGUAACUUAGUAAGUCUGAAAGUAAUUGAUCUCCGAGACAAUGCCAUUAAAAGACUCCCUUCCUUUCCACAUCUGACCUCUGCCUUUUUAGGUGACAAUAAGCUAAUGUCUGUAGUUGGCACAGCAAUAGCAGCAACACACCUUGAAUUAGAAAGAAAUUGGUUGGCAAACCUGGGUGACCUGUAUAUUCUUUUCCAAGCACCAGAUGUGCAGUAUAUCUUCUUAAAACAGAAUCGCUUCUCUUACUGUGUGAAAAGUGAUAAUGUUAUAGAAAACAGUCAGUUAAUCUAUAUGGAUCUAGGCGAAAAUAUGUUACAGCUUGUCUGGGAGAGAGAUUUAUGUUUGGAUGUGUUCAGGGCACUGUCCAAACUUCAGGUUCUACAUCUGAAUAACAACUACCUUAGUGCUCUUCCACAGGAGAUUUUUAGAGGUCUAACAUCUCUAAAAAGACUUAAUCUAGCUUCCAACCUAUUGUCUCAUCUUUCUCCUGGCCUUUUUCCACAAAGCCUAACAAACCUAAACUUGUCUGGAAACCAGCUUUUUUCACCUGAGCCUGAAGUCUUUAUGACUUUGAGUAUUCUGGAUAUAACACAUAAUAAGUAUGUUUGUGAUUGUACUUUAAAGAGCCUACUAGCGUGGCUAAAUGAAACCAAUGUCACUGUAGCUGGCUCACAAUCUGACAGGUACUGUGUAUACCCACCUGCAUUUGAAGGGGUACCACUGUCAUCUCUGACAUAUGAUGGCUGCAUUGAAGAUGAACUCCAGCAGACACUCAGGUUCUCAGUAUUCAUCUUCACCUCCGUCACUCUUCUAAUAUUUCUGAUGGCAGUCAUCAUUUUUACUCGCUGUCGGGGGAUUUGUUUUGUCUGGUAUAAAACGAUCACAAAAAAAAUGAUAGACAGCCAUCCACAAGUGGCAGAUAAAAGCAAAUACAAAUAUGACGCGUAUUUGUGCUACUGCAAAAAUGACUUUGAAUGGGUCCAGAAUUCUUUGCUAAAGCACCUGGAUUCACAGUAUUUUGAUAAAAACAGAUUUACCUUGUGCUUUGAGGAAAGAGAUUUCUUGCCUGGGGAAGAACAUAUCAACAAUAUUCGUGAUGCCAUUUGGAACAGCAGGAAAACAAUCUGCAUUGUGACCAGGCAGUUUCUCAAAGAUGGGUGGUGUGUGGAAGCCUUUAAUUUUGCCCAGAGCAGGUACUUCUGUGAUCUGAAAGAUGUCCUAAUUAUGGUAGUGGUUGGGUCACUUUCUCAAUAUCAACUGAGGAAAUACAAACCAAUUCGAAACUUUUUACAAAGGAGUCGAUAUUUGCAGUGGCCUGAAGAUUAUCAAGAUGUAGACUGGUUUUUACAUAAUCUUUCUUGCCAAAUUCUGAAAGAAAAAAAAGUGCGAAGGAAAGCCAGUGGUAUAGAGCUGCAGACUGUAGCAACACUCUCGCACUGA